AUGCGUCAGCGAUGCACCAGAAUCUUGAGCAUUCGGGAGGAUCAUUGUGCAGUGUCCACGGCCUCGAAGGCUUUCUUGGACAAGGACGACGCAAGCAAUCUCUAGAUCUCCUUGCGAAGUCUAGAGAUCAAUGAAAUGGGUCGUCGAAUCGUCUCCGGCGGCUGUCACCUGGCGGAGUAGAAAAAUGGCGACUUUGCGGCUCUCCGGCGAUUGUCACAUGCCGGAGAGGAGCUAGAUGGAGAUGGGGCGCGUGUCAAGGAGCUUCAUCCUCAAGUCUGCGCAGCAAGAGGAGGCUCUUCAUCGCAUCCGGUACGCUCUCAAGAGGUGGCGACUCAUCUGCCGGCGGAUCGUCCUCUUUUCGACGACGGCUUGUUCGUCGAUCAACUAGAGAUGCUUUACUCGAUGGAUUCACGAUCCUUUUAUCGUGAAUUGUUCAGCAAUUUUAGUAACAACGCUCCACGAAUCGCAUUGACGAGAUUUUUGCCAAUUUGAUCCAGCGAUUCUAGUUACUUAAUCCUUCACUAGGGAUCUGCAGGAAAGUCGCGAUAAUCAGAUAAAAAAUAUGAGUUUUGGCUCUAGGAAGAUUCGAACCCGCGCCAGUUGCCCUACCCUUUCUAGGGAGGGUGUGACAUGGGUUUAGUCCCACAUCAAUUGUGCGCCGAAGUUUCUGGCGAAUAUAUAAUAAUAUUACAUUUUUGAUCAAGUCCUUUUCUCACACGUGUACGACCACUCCUUGCCCCACAACUGGCUGGCCACCGGUGACGUGGAAGGGGAGUGGCGCAUAG